AUGGUGUUUUAUAUCUGCUUUUCUUUAAUUUGUUUUGGCAUAACCAUUUUUGUUUCCUUUGCAAACUGGACCGUAUAUGGGUUAUGACAUCCAUAACUGUGUUGCCUUUGAUUUGCCUUAGGGUCUGCCUUUUUUAUGUGUAGCUAGUUAGCUAGCUCUCUAGCCUAGUUGCUAACAUAAUUUCACAAAUGCUGACCGUUGUUAUACUUAUCAUUUUUGUGUGUGUAUUACUUGUGGAUAUAUCUGCUUUCCCACAUGUUCACUAACUAAUCUGUUAAGGGUUUGAAAUGCCCUAAGACCCCAAGCACACGUGUCAACCAUGACAGAAUUUUCUCUUAUUUUACAAAGCAGUUGUUUUAAGCUAGCUAGCUAGUUAUUCUGUGAUUCGGUUUUGCUAUGUUUUGAUUUUGAUCAUUGACAUUUAGCCUAAAAAUUUCAUUUGUGUUAUAUACACAUAUAUACAUACAUUUUUUAAUAACGCUUGGUGAAAACAAAUUUAUUUCUUGGGGCGGACAAUUGCAGAAUCACAAACAUUUUUCUUGGAAUGAUACAUAUCUAUAUCUUUUCUCUAUAUCUACAAACUUUUUAAUGUUCCUAAGUAUCAAUAUGUGCACAUUGGCCCAUGUGCUCUAAGUCAAAAAGCUAUCCAGCUAGACAUUUAGCAACUAUACACAAUUAUAUUUCACUUAAAUUUUUUUUAAUUUAACUUUUUCUUGUUUUUUUUCCUAGAAAGUUUACGUUGAAUAAAAUACGACAUGGUUUAAUCUCCAUACGAUGCUUUUUGAUGAUUUUAUAACAAAAUACUGCAUUGUUUAAGCGCCAUACGAUAACGUUUAAUGGUUUCAGAAUAAAAUACUGCCUUGUGUAAGCUCCAUACGAUCUCGAUUAAGGGAUUUCAGAACAAAAUGCAACAUUGUUUCUUCAUGCAAUCACGUUUUGAUUGUUUUAGAACAAAUUACGGCGUUGUUAAAGCUCCAUACGAUCGCGUUUUAAUGUAUAUAGCGAAAAAUCUUUAUUAUCCUUAAAUAAAGAUGCAUAUUCGCCGCAUUUUGUUCUGAAAUGACCAGAAAACGAUCUUAUAAAGCUUCAAAAUCGCUGUAGUUUGUUUUACAAACGACGAAAAAACAAACUAGGAGGCUUAGCAGUCGCCGUACUUUCUUCUAAAUUGAUGAGAACACGUUCUUUUUAAAGCUUAAAUAUCGGCGUAUACGUCCUUAUAAAAUGACGAGAAAUCGUCUUUUCGAAGCUUUAAAAUCGCCGUAUUUCUUUUAAAAAGAAACAGAAAACGUCCCAACAAACAUAAAGAUCGCGGUACUUUAUAAAGAAUAGCGCAAUCGAAACUACUAUUUUUGAUUAGUUUAAAAAAGUCUCAAAAGUAGUAGGUGUGAAAUAAAAAAUGGCAUCGUUGGCACUUUUAAAUUACAGCAGGCUUGUUGCAUAUGGCAACAAAAAGUUCAAUUACAUUGUUGUUACGCAAUGUCGUAAAACUCGCGUACAUGUAAAGUUACCUUUUCACCUGUUGUAUAUUUUUCAAUAAUAAAGAAACGUGUAAAACACCGAAAAUUAAAUUGUGUGCCCAGUAUAUUUAAAGUUCGAUCUGCGAAUUUUAUGUUUAGUAGGUAAAUUUGAUAUCCAAAAAAAGAGAAAUCACUUCCGAAUCGCGAUGCUUUAAUUCGAACGCUGAAGCCUUGUUUUUCUAUGGUUCUAUGCGUAUUAUCAAAAUUCUUUUUUAUGAGAAAUGAAUAGCAAAUCCAUCUAAAUAAAUUGGUACAUGCAGUGAAAAGUACAUGUCUGGUGUAUAAUUAGGGUUAUUUUAUUCUUUACUUGCACAAGUCGAAAAUUGCGAAUGCGUGUUCUUGUUUAAACAGGAAUUAAAUCCGCAUUUUUUUUCGCAGGGCUUUCUCCCGCAAUGCUUACUUCUCAAACAUGAACUUGCAAUAAAAUUGACAAACGCGAGAAUAUGAAACGAAUUUGGCCAUUCAAAAAACUUCAAUUGCAAAAAAUUAGAAACCUUCUUCAUUUUAUUUAAGGUUUUCUUUCCAAAACUGAUUGCUUUGAACUUCCUAUAGUAGAUAGAUACCACAACUAGCAACAUAGUGUUGAAGAGUUUGUGGAAUGGCCGCGAAAAAGACGCUCGUCUUCGUUACUGGUAACGAAAACAAACUGAAAGAAGUCGCCCAAAUUUUAGGAGAAAAAUUUCCAUGGACACUGACAUCGAAAAAAAUUGAUUUGCCUGAAUUUCAAGGUGAGCCAGACGACAUCAGCAGAGAGAAAUGUAAAAUUGCAGCAGAAGCUGUUAAAGGACCAGUUAUAGUUGAAGAUACUUGUUUGUGUUUCAAUGCUCUUGGUGGAUUGCCUGGUCCAUAUAUCAAAUGGUUUUUAGAUAAACUAAAACCGGAAGGGUUGCCACGUUUACUAGCUGACUGGGAUGAUAAAUCUGCUUACGCUUUAUGUACGUUUGCUUAUUCCACUGGCAACCCUGAUGAUGAAAUCAAGUUAUUUAGAGGAAAAACUCCAGGUGUUAUUGUUGGACCAAGAGGACCCAGAACAUUUGGCUGGGAUCCAUGUUUUCUUCCUGAUGGUUUUGAUAAGACGUAUGCGGAAUUAGAGAAGGAAACGAAGAAUGAGAUUUCCCAUCGAGGUCGUGCUUUAGCGGAAUUAAAAAAGUACUUUGAGAAUGAUGUUCUUGAAAAUGGUGAUGAACCAGACAAGAAAAAAAAACGGUUAAAUGAAGACUAGUAUAUGUAAUACACCUGUUUUAGAGUUUUAAAAAAAUACAUCACAAUAAAAUAAAUGUGAAUUCAAUUUUAAGUAAAGCUCUCCAGAAUUAGAAUUCUUCAUCAUGUACAUCUUGAUCAUGCUUGAAAUAAUAAAUAAAAAACUUAA